CGUUCACGUCGUUACUUCGUUUCCACAGACGCCGAUCACGAGAGAGACUGCGCACUAACGUUCAAUACAGACGAACCAGCGGGGACUGAUUUACCACAACCUUGUGGGAUGGCGGUGAAUGUGUACUCCACCUCCAUGACUAUUGAGAAUCUGAGCAGACAUGAAAUGCUCGCCUGGGUGAACGACUCCCUGCAGCUCUCCUACACCAAGAUAGAGCAGUUGUGUUCAGGUGUGGCGUACUGCCAGUUCAUGGACAUGCUGUUUCCCGGCUGCAUCCUGCUGAAGAAGGUGAAAUUUCAGGCGAGAUUGGAGCAUGAAUAUAUUAACAACUUCAAAGUGCUGCAGGCGGCGUUCAAGAGGAUGAGCGUGGACAAGAUCAUUCCAGUGGAGAGACUGGUCAAGGGCAGGUUUCAGGAUAACUUUGAGUUUGUUCAGUGGUUUAAGAAACUCUUCGAUGCCAACUACGACGGGAAGGAGUACGACCCUCAGUUGGCGCGACAGGGUCAAGACGUCUCCCCUGUACCCAACCCAGGGCCUCAGCGGACAUCACCGACAGCGCCCAAAAGCAUGCCAGCCCCGCAGCGUGGCAUAAACUCCACCCCCUCAGCUGGCAUGAGACGGAACAUGGUGGCGUCACGGAGCGGAGGCAGUGAUGCGAGUUGCGUGGAACUCAACCAGCAGCUGUUGGAUCUGAAGUUGACGGUUGAUGGUUUGGAGAAGGAACGAGAUUUUUACUUCACUAAACUCAGAGACAUCGAGUUGAUCUGUCAAGAACAUGAGAGCGACGGUAUCCCAACCCUCGCGAAGAUCAUCGGCAUCCUCUACGCAACAGAGCAGGGGGCAGUAAGCGAACAGCUGUACAGAGAACAAACCGUCUCUGGGCUGAUCUUUGGCGGAGCUGAAGUAUUAGGUGGACCCGAUGUUGGCGAGGCAGAAGCUGUUUACUUGCUAACAUAUGUUGUGGAUGCUUAUGUUUGUUGUUAUGCUUCAAUGAAUCAAAUAUUCCCGGAGAUAUCGUAUUUACUGUUCGGAAUGUUUAUUACAGAGGUUUGCGGUAAAAGCGGUAGCGAGAUAUUCAUGAGUUCUUUGUAUUGUUUAGCUAUAACCAUUCAGAAAGUCUCAUGCACAUGUACUUUAAAUUAUAUAUCCAUGGUUUAUAUUUGUAGUCCAGUAUUUUACUAAUCUAUAGAUUUACCGAUUUUCGUUUAGCCUGCUAUUUAAAUGUAGAUGGACCUGUUGGCCUUCUCUCCAUUAUUUUAAGAAUGACUUCAUGGUUAUUGUUAUUGUUGUUAUCACUGCAUAUGAUUUAGUGUUUGAUAAAGUGUGUUGCAUCCCCAUCUUUAUUGAAUCCUCAUUCUUUGUGUUUUUACUGUAAUUGGUUUUAUUGUAGCUUGCCUUUUUAACAGUGUUUACUUGCAUUGUCCGAUGAGGCUGUAAAGUGGAUUAUAAAACAUAUUGAGGGGUCCUUUAUUUGACUCAUGGAGUGCGACCUGCAUGAGACCUCUUGUUAACAUUAAUAUGUGGUGGUUAAAGCACUUGAACAAUCAUGUUACAAGAUGAUGAACAAUUAAAAGGGUGGAUGAUGA